AUGUUGCUAGGGGCUGGUACUUCGUUGUGUCUGGAGGCAGCGCAUGUGCGGGGAGCACGGCAAGCCCUGGUAAGCCAGCGCCGGCACGCUUCCCGGCGGAAGAUUGCAUACCCACAGUAUGGAUUCCAGCUGCUGCCGCAGGACAAGAAAAUCAAGCAUGACUCGAACCUCAAGUUCAGCAUGCGGCAAUUCCUUGGGCCCCGCAACUUCAAGGGUGAGUACUUGUACAACCGGUACUUUGCGGUGCCGGAUGAUCACGUGCCCAAAUAUAUCACGCCCGAGACGGAGCGCGGCCAGGCGCUCGUCGACCCUGUGACGGGCCGCAAGGUCAUCAUGCGCGGGGACGUCUUGGAGCGGACACAGCAAACGCCGCAGCAGGGCCGCAGGGAACGGCUCCAGCCUUUCCCGCAGAACCGGUACUGCGUGACGAACCUCGUGCUGGACGAGCAGACCAAGAACACAAUCUACGAGAAGGUUCAGAUAGAGAAGAAGUCCAUCCAGGAAGUCUCGCGGAUGCUGAACCUCAAGAUCCCGCGCAUCGAGGCGGUCGUGCGGCUCAUGGAGGCCGAGAAGAAACUCGAGAAACAAAACCGCAUCAAAAGGGACACUCGUGUCAUGGCGGACACGCUUUUCCGCAUGUUCCCCAUUUUCAAGCCUCACCACCGUGAGAAUCUCAGCGAGAUUCCUGUGCCCUCCAAGGCCCUGUCCUCGCGUAUUCUGACCAUCUCGGAGUCUGAGCCUUUCGGGCCCAUCGACGCCGCGAAGCUGCUUGAGCUCGAGCCUGCUGCGGACACCUUGGCUCGUAUCGCCGAGCAGGGUGCCGACGCCACCUCGGCCGACGCGCGCCAGCACACGGAACGGGUCGUCUACGGCGAGCGGCGCGACGGCGAGCGCGCCAAAUUCCGCUUUGUCAAGAAGCGCGUGGGUGAAGUUGGUUUCCGCUACGGUAGCGCCAACCGCGAUACAAAGAAGGAUCGCCGCAUCGGCUAUGAUCGCUUGGGUAGAAUGAUUUAUCUAUAA